CUCUUUUGAUACUCUAUCGCUGAACAAAAGUAGGAUCCUUUAGGAACAUUUUUGAUAGAAAAUGGAGACCUGAGCACUCCUCUACACUUGCAGAAAUAUAAUAUUAAUUUAGGCAAUAAUAAGUCUGCAUUUUUCAAAAAGAAACUCAAAAAUUAUAAUCCAAAAAAGAAAAAUUUACGAAGGAAAGUGAAUUAUUCUCAAAGAUGGCCUUCUCAAGGCCAGAAAGUUAAUCUCAAGGAUAAUCUAGGAUUGAGAAAUCUUAUCAAAUAUAAGAAUUCUAAUAAUGGACUUCCUUCUCUAACCAAUUCUGCUACAUACGAUAGCAGAAUGAACUCUCAAAGGAGUGGUGAGGUUAAUUUGAAGAAAAUGUAUUUUAUGAAACAUCAAAGAAACACAAACAGAAGCCAACAUCAUAUCUCUAUAAAUGUUGAAGACAAGAAAUCUUUGGGCAAAUUAUCAAAGUCAAAGGAGAAUAUUAGGGCUCUAAAUCCUUAUGAUGAUGACCUUACUCUGGUCUCAGAUACUUUUAGACAAAGAUCUAUUGACAAGUCAUGAAAUAUUCCUGCCUCCUCUCUUUCAUCGUUCACUCUAAAGUAUAAUUCCUCUGUCAGGAACCAACUCGAGAAAUGGAUGAGUAAGAGACACAAGGUGAAGAAGUAUCAUGAUAUCGAUGCUGAUGAAAUCUUCCAGAAAGUCAAACACCAGAUCGCUAUUGCUCAAAGCUAUUCUAAAUAACCAAGAGCAUUUAAAAAUUGACAGUUUAGUCAAAAGAAGGGUUGACUUAAUGCCUGAAAUCCCAGUCUAUUGUAAGAUACCUUGAAAAGAUGAAUACUCACCUUGAAAGAUCACACUUACCAUGAAUGAAGAUAAAGAACCUGAUAUUUACUCCUUUUCUUCUCUGAGAGUUCCCAUGCCUUCUGCAAAUAAGUGAUCUAAAUCUUGGAAGAAUUCACAUGUUCUAAAAGUAUACUACAACUACGAAGAAGUGAACCCUCAUGAUACAAAGAAGAGGGACAAGUAUAGGUCAAGCACAAGUCUUGCAGAGCAGUUUACUAACCACUUCAUCUACAUUGGGUUCCUGUCCUAUUCUGGAGCCAGUAUGAUGGUAGACGUCAAGUUUGCCAAUGAAUAUGGCACAUUUGGAACUAAAUAAAUUCACAGUUACAAAGGAAUCAGAAAAUAAAUAAGGCUUUAGAAGCAGUGGAAGUUCUCAAACAUCAGCGGGAAAAUAAGCAUUCAUCCCCAUUUCUAGAUGACACUACUAAGAGCAAAGAGCCAGAACAGAAACUUCCCAAGAUUAUUAACUAUUUGAGAAAGCCUUAUGAGGAAAGAAAAAUCAAUGCUAAUGAGAGACGCCAUAAACUCUUCCUUCAGAAAAUAACUAAGAUUGAAAUGGCUGAAUCGAACAAACAGAUUUCCAAGAAGCUCCAAAGGUUGAUACAGAUGCGUAAAGUGUGAGCAGCAGUGAUGAUGAGACAAUUGUUCUUACAAAAGUAUAUCUUACAUACUGUGUACAAGUAUACUGCUUGUUGCAAAUAGUACCAUGAUAUUGUCAUUGUCUUAUUGUAACUCCCAUAAUAAAAAUA